UCCUUUUUACAGUACACGUGGGGGUGUCGGUCCAGGCGCAGAGUUCCGACGUUUCGCUUCCUCCUCCUCGACCUCGACUCGACUCAGUCGCGAUGGCAGAAGCCGUAGACCGGAUCAAGCACCGCUUACAGCAGCAGGAUCUGGAGAUCAGCCGUCUCUCGGCCGAGGUGUCGUCCCUGCGUGGCGCCGUGGUGGACGCCGGCGGCACCACCGAGUCCUCCCCAGCUCCUCCCGGGGUGGAGCGUCUCCUCGAGGAGAACGGGAAGCUGCAGUAUCGCCUCCGCCACCUCAAGCGGUGUCUGAGUGACGAGGUGACAAAGCAACGGCCUCAGCCAACCUCCACCUCCUCCACCCCCGCCACCGGUCCCCACGGCGACCGCGAGGGUCUCCACGGCGACCGCGAGGCUCCCCACGGGGACCGCGACGGCGGCGACGGGGCCGACGUGGACGGGGGGAUGGUGAACAUCGCCGCCCGACUCGCCGCGGCGUUCGCCAGCGCCGUGAGCGCCGCCUUCCCCGGCCUCGCCGUGCCUCCCGUGGCCAUCGCUCCCUCGAAGCCGCAGCAGCAGCAGCAGAAGCAGCAGCAGCAGCAGGAGCAGCAGCAGGAGCAGCGCCUCGCCGAUUACCAGUGCAACAGCGCCAUGGCAAUCGCGCAGCUGCUGAAGGCUAAAGGUCAGAAGGUCAGCCCCAAGGACGUGGGGGCGGCCAUUGUGAGUCACCUCCCGGCCAGCGACCUCGUGGAGCACGUGGAGGUCGUGGGCCCAGGCUUCAUCAACGUGUACCUGGACACGGCGUUCCUCGCGCGCCAACUCACACGCCUCCUCCUGCACGGAGUGAGCCCCCCCAACACCGGAGCCCGCAAGAAGGUCGUCAUCGACUUCUCCUCCCCGAACGUGGCCAAGGAGAUGCACGUGGGCCACCUCCGCUCCACCAUCAUCGGGGACAGCACCAGCCGCCUGUACGAGUUCCUGGGGCACGACGUCGUGCGGCUGAACCACAUUGGUGACUGGGGCACGCAGUUCGGGAUGCUGAUUGCCCACCUGGUGGAUCGCUUCCCCAACUACACGGAGCAGCCGCCACCCAUCGCAGAUCUGCAGGCCUUCUACAAG